UCCAGUUCUGAACCACUUCCUACUUCCGCAAACACAACCCUGUGUAGCUUCCCGUUUAUCGGUUGAUCAAUGCGGUUGUUGACUUCUGUGUGUCGGUUCGUCGCUCUGUUUAAUAUUUUCAACUGUUCGACAUCUAUGCGUGAUUGAUUAGCAUCAUGACGGCCAACAGCCGCUGUUCCGCCGCGGAGCCUCCGGGCCUGGAGACCCAGCGGCGGGAGAUUGAGUCUCUGCUGCGGCAAUGUGAGCUUCGCGCUGGGGACAGUUGGUACUUGGUGGAGCGUCACUGGUAUGAACAGUGGAAGGAGUUUGUGGAGACUGGAGACCAGAACUCAUCAUCUUUCCCUGGUCAGAUCGACAACACUGAACUGUUUGAGGAUCUGGACUCGUACCGUCUGAAGGAGCGUCUGGUGGAGAACGAGGACUUUAUGUUGGUGCCGGCUGAGGCCUGGCACAAGCUGCUGUCCUGGUACGGCAUGGCGGAUGGCCAGCCAUCGCUAGAACGCAAGGUGGUGGACCUGCCCAGCACUCUGAAGGUGGAGGUUUACCCUGUAGAGAUCUUUCUCUGUCUCCAUAGCAACAUGGACAACGUCAUCACCUCACAGUUCAGCCGUGCCGACACCAUAUACUCCAUCCAGAGGGCAAUGUGUGAGGCCUUCUCUGUGCCUCCAGGCUCAGAGUGUCGACUGUGGAUGAAGAGUUCGGACAGCAGCUGUGAGCGUCUCAGGAACGUCCACAUGACUGUGUUGGACUCAUGUUUGAGCUCAGGGAUGACGGUGAUCAUGGAGACGAGGAAUGCUGACGGCACCUGGCCAAGCUCCAGACCUCAAAUCAUGAGGAACUCGGUGGAGGAGCCGGACUCGUACCGAGGACAGCCGGGAGUCUGCGGCCUCACCAACCUGGGCAACACCUGCUUCAUGAACUCUGCUCUCCAGUGUCUGAGUAACACGCCUCCUCUCACCGAGUACUUCCUGCAGAGCUCCUACCUGGAGGAGCUCAACUUUACCAACCCUCUGGGGAUGAAGGGCGAGAUCGCCGAGGCCUACGCCGACAUCAUCAAGCAGAUGUGGUCUGGCCGGCAUUAUUCUGUGGUGCCGCGUGUCUUCAAGACGAAGGUGGGUCACUUUGCGUCUCAGUUCCUGGGUUACCAACAGCACGACAGUCAGGAGCUGCUGUCCUUCCUGCUGGACGGACUGCAUGAAGACCUGAACAGAGUCAAAAACAAAGAGUACAUCGAGGUGCGGGACGCCGACGGUCGACCGGACCAGGAAGUAGCCGAUGAGGCCUGGCGUAACCACCGCCGGCGCAACGACUCCGUGAUCGUCGACACGUUUCACGGCCUCUUCAAGUCCACGCUCGUGUGUCCGGAGUGCCAUAAGGUCUCUGUGACCUUCGACCCCUUCUGCUACCUGAGCGUCCCGCUUCCUGUCAGCAAGGAGCGUGUCAUGGAGGUCUUCUUUGUCUCUCUGGAUCCUUGCGCCAAACCUGCACAGCAUCGUGUUGUGGUUCCGAAAGCGGGGAAAGUGUCGGACCUCUGCUCCGCUCUGUCAGAGAUGACUGGCAUACAUCCCACACAGAUGGUGGUAGCUGACGUGUUUAACCAUCGUUUCUAUAAGAUCUACAACGCAGACGAAUCUCUGAGCUGCAUUCUGGACCGAGAUGACAUCUUUGUGUACGAGCUGAGUGUGCCGGAGGAGCAGCAGGACGAAGAGGAGCAGGUGCUGCUGGCCCUCUACCUGAGGGAGCGCUCUCACUACAGAGACUACGGCUCCGGCAGCUCGUACGGCACCACGCUGUUCGGACACCCGCUGCUGCUGAACGUGCCGCGCAGCAGCUGCAGCCGGGAGGCGCUCUACAACCUGUUCCUGCAGAGGCUGGCGCGUUAUGUGCGACCUCCUGACCCAUCUGAAGAGUUGGAGGAAGAGGAGGAGGAUGAUGAGGUGCACAAGACUCAGUCCAACGGCGUCGGUGACGAUGAGGGGCAGGAGGAUGUGGAGAAAGCCGGACCCUCUCAGACAGAGCCGGGCUGCGGCGACGCCCCCGCCGACAGCCUGUCAGAUGGCACCGCCACGGCUGAGCCCCGUCCUGACGCCGACCACGCACAGCCCUCACUGGACCACUGCGACGCAGUGAUCAACAACGGAUCCCAGGACCAGGCCGAGUCCCUCUGCACUGACGCCAGCAGCACCGACAGCACCAACGAUGUGAAUCCCAGCGGAAACUCCUGCCGGACCGCCGACCUUGACUCCGAACCGCUCACUGUGCAAUCCCAGCAGCCCUGUCAGACCGCAGAAGAAGAGAAAGAAGAUGACAAGAAGGAGGAGGCGUGUUCUCCCAGCCCACCAGCCAAUGAGCAGCCAGCUAAAAGGAGGGCGUGUCGCAAGAGGAGGAAGAGUCUGUUCACCAUCCAGGCGGUCAACUCCAAUGGGACGACUGAGAGGGGGAUGGGAGAGGGAGGGAGUGCUGUGUCCUUUGGCUCACAGCCUUACGUGGCCAUCGACUGGGACCCUGAUAUGAAGAAGAGGUUCUACAAUGAGAAUGAGGCCGAGAAGUAUGUGAAACAUGCCAGUAUGGAGGUUCCUCAGCAGCAGACCACAGUUCAGCUGCAGGAGUGUAUUGAGCUGUUCACCACUGUGGAGACCCUGGAGGAGGAGAACCCAUGGUACUGUCCAGUGUGCAAGAAGCACCAGCUGGCCACUAAGAAGCUGGACCUCUGGUCUCUGCCAGAGGUCCUCAUCAUCCACCUCAAGAGGUUCUCCUACACCAAGUUCACCAGAGAGAAACUGGACAGUAUCGUGGACUUUCCCCUCAGAGAUCUGGACUUCGCUGGCUGCCUCCUGAGGAAAAAUCUGUCCAAUGGGGAACCUCCGAGCCGUUAUGACCUCAUUGCUGUGUCCAAUCACUACGGGGGACUCAGAGAUGGACACUACACCAGCUAUGCGCGGAACAAGGACAACGGUCAGUGGUAUUACUUUGACGACAGCAAGGUGACCUACGCCAGAGAGGGGCAGAUUGUGACCAACGCUGCCUACGUCUUGUUCUACCAUCGACAAGAUAAGAUCAGAAAACCCACUCUGCCAGCCCCCGACACAAGCCCCACCAACAACAUCACUUCCUGUAGAGAUGACGAUGUGGAGCUGGGCGCUGCUUCCUGCGUCACCAUGGAAACGGACUAAACGAACCCCUGAGGUUUGGUUCUGCUUGAUGGUGAUUUGUUUUCUUCGUCAGAACAAACAGGCCUUUUCUCCUCUUUUUAUCAGUUUGUCCUGAUUUUGUGACGACACUUGAACGUUCGGUUUGUCCUCCUCAGCUCUUCUUCUGUCCUUUAACGUUGCCGUCUCCUGGUCACAGAUAACGUGAACACUUGACACUCAGGUAGUUUGAUGCGCCAGAAGCUCCGUUUAGGACUGGACUUCAUUUUCUUUCCACGUGAAUUAGUUCAGCUGCUGUUUACUGGUCUGACACGAGUCAGGUGGUGUGUGGACUCUUACAAUGUUUAACUAGAAUCAGUAAUUCGUUAAAAACCCGCCAGAACCCGAUUUGUUAGAUUUCCGUGUAAUUGAUGCAGUAUGCGGGCGGCACGGUGGUGCAGUGGUCAGCACUGUCGCCUCAAAGCAAGAGGGUUCCAGGUUCGAAUCCCGCUCUGGGCCCUUCUAUGUGGAGUUUGCAUGUUCUCCCUGUGCCUGCGUGGGUUUUCCUAAACAUGCACUUUAGGUCAGUUGGCUGCUCUAAUUUGCUGGCGACCAGUCCAGGGUGAACCCCGCCUCUCGCCCGUAGUCAGCUGGGAUAGGCUCCAGGCUCCAGCCCCCCGCGACCCUGACGGAUAAGCGGUAUAGAAAAUGGAUGGAUGGAUGCAGUAUGCAGUUUAGAAAUAUAGAAAUACAUCAAAUUGAAUCUGAAUUAACACAUUUUAAAUUCGAUUUUUUUUCAACCUUGCAGGUUAUUUGCUUUAAUACUUGUGGUUUCCACUCUGAUUUAAAAACAUCUCACACUCCUUGAGACAAACGUGGGUCCAACCUGCGACAGCUGGUUGGCAGCCAAUCAGAGCUGCCGUUGCUGCUCGUUUGGUUUGUAUGGGUGGCGCGUUGCUUACAUGUUUUGUUAAGACCUUUUUUAUUAAUUCAUUUUCAGUGCCAUUUUAAAAUAAAUUAAUAAUAUUAAAUUGCUCUUACUUCACUGAUGGGGACGGUUCACCCCGCUUCACUCGACAGCGAUGGAGGAGUCGGUGCACAUUUUCUUCGGCGUGGUGAUGUUAAAAAAAAAACCAAACAAAUAUAUUUCCUCUGUGAAACUGCUCACAACAAGGUCUGUGGGAAUCUGCUAAACUUUGCAGCUCUCACCAAAACUGCCUGAGUGGAUAAACAGCAGUAGAGCUGAGACACAUGCAGUUUUGAUUUUGGGGUGAACUGUCCCUUUAAAGACAGAAUAAGAAAAUAGUGCUCUUUGUUUUGUAAUUGAUCGUUCAAAUCGCAUAUAAAAGUUGUAAAUAAAAAUGUUAGUUUCAUUAAUCCUGUCCUGUUUUUAACUGGUAAGACUGGUGAAGUGAUUAUAAUCAAACACUUAACGUUAGAAGCUCAAAGGACUGCAGGUUCAUCGCAUCACGUUAAUCUGGACGGUUUGUUGGAUGAAAAGUCCAGCUGAGGAAACACUGAUGUGACCGGAAAAGCUAAGGACGGUAAGAUAAACGACAGUCGUGUGAUUUGGAGCAGCGUGAAGGGGAUUAUGGGUAAUCAGUGGAGUGUGUGUAGCAGAAACGGAUCAUUUAAUAUUGAUCAAAUCUCUGUAUAUAUUUUGUUUUGUUUCCCUUUUGCUGGUAUUUAUUUGAAAUGGAUUAACUUGAGCUGUCACAUGACCACAGGUUCUAAUGAUCGACUGGUGCACAACAUUCAGAUGCUUAUUUUUCAUAUUUGUGUGGAGGUAGAACGACAGUCGCAGGCAAAAUUUCCUUUCUGGUGGACUCAUUUCUAAACCGGCUGUGUGUACAGUAUUUUUGUAUUGGAACAGAUUUAUUAUUAUCAUUAUUAUUAUUGUUAUUAUCACCACUUCUGGGUGUAGCAGGAGGGAAACUCUGGCCUGAUUUCUUUCUUUGGUCUUAUAUCAGAUGGAAAUAUUUUAUUGUACUUUCAGUCUUUUGAUAUGAAUAAAAGGAUGAUUAUUACCACGCUGA